AUGGGUCCCCGCCUCCUCAAAACGCUGUCAAUGCUCCUGCGUGUACUGCAGCUCAUAUUAGCCCUCUUCAUCGUCGGCGUCGCCAGCUUCAACGUCUACCAGUUCUCACGCAACCAUCUCCGCCUCACCAACGGCCGCUCCGGCCAGCUUCCGCACGCCUUAUAUGCCGUUGAAGUCAUCUCCUGCGUUGGCGUCCUCUUCGCCCUCCUCACACUCCUCACCACCUGCUUCGGCCACAAAAAGCUCUUCGUCCUCAUCACCGCCUUCGACCUCUUGCUCAUGGGCGGCUUCAUCGCAAUAAGUGUCCUACUCCGCGGCUCCGCCCACCAGUCUUGUCGCUCCGUAACCUGGUCUCCGGCUGUAUCAAAGGGAACUAACAACCUCCCCGCCGCCUUCUUCCGCUCCUCUUCCUCCUCCACCUCUACCUCCACCUCCACAAUAACAACAGCGGCUAGGACGAGAGCAUCACCCCGCCUCCUCUGUAACCUAACAAAAACCUCAUUCGCCUUCUCAAUCGCCCUGGCCGUCCUCUUCGCACUGACAAUGGUGCUAUCGUACUUGGCGCUUCGCGCAUACCAAAAGCAGCGCGCGUUCGGGCCAAGGGGUGGGUAUGGCAAGGGUGCCAGGGAGAGUGAGGAGACUGCGAUGACGGGGACGACGGCGGGGUAUGAUGCUCCGGGGUUUAGGGGGGAGCCGACGACGGUUGCAGGGGGUAGGGCGCCGGUUAGUGAGUUGGGCCCAGGGAUGGGAACGGGCGCAGGCGCAGGGAAUGGUGGGAGGUUUGAUCCGAGCCUGCCGAGGGCAGCAGCGGGGGAGAGAGGGUAUGGUGAGAGGGGGUAUGGGAAUCAGAACUUUUAG